UUUUUCAGGGGUGUUCCCGUAGUAAGACGAAACAGUGGGUGUAGCCUACUAUCAUUACUACAACAGUCUUGUGAAGAUAAAAAAAAAUUCACAAUGUUUGAUCUCAAGCAAAAUUUUAUCUUUUAUUCUAGUUUUUCUUCAAGCAGCUAGUGACUGGAAAUUUAAACUGAGGGUGAGCAAAGAGGCUGACAAGCAUACAGUACCUUAGAAUGGCACAAAGAAUGUUUCAAGAAAGUGGGAAGGAUGGCCGCUCAGUUUUAGGAAUGCUAACAGUUCAGGUGGAAAGGGAUCCAAAGACAGGAGCUGCAGUGGUGAAGUCUGUGGCUCCCAUGACCACACCAGUCAGUGAGCCCCUGGCCACCACCGUCUUUGACGACGGCAGGAGAAGCAUCCAUGCGGUCUGUGAGUCAGGCUUUCAUCCCUCAACUGAAGAGCUCGGGCAGAUUUUGAGUUUUGUUGAUGACGUUGGGAUGCAAGUAAUGCUAGAUGAGGUCACGGUCACUGCAAAUGAAACAGAACCUAAGCUGGAUAAUGCAGAAGCCAACGGUGUUCCAGUCAAAAAAACACAAGCCUCUGUCAAUCGGUCUAUGUCUAAAGAAAACCAUCUGUCGGUAAACAGACACAUAAGUCCUAACUCUGAAGCUAACCUGAUGACAGAGGUCAGUGCGAGUAUGAGAUCUGAGAAGGAUGCAAAUGUGAUGGUGCUUAGAGACACAUCAGGAAAAGAGGUGACCAUGGAGGAUCAAGAUUUGGAGGAAAGCCCAGUUACACUUUUGUUCCUGGGGUACACUGAUUCCACAACUACCCAAGAAGACCCAAACAUGCUCACUGCUGAAAGAGUGAUCAUCUCAGAUGAUGGAGAGGAAAACAGUGUGGCAGAUCAGGGGGCAGGAAAAGAGAAUCCAAGCGAUAUGUAUCGAAACAUAUCCCCGAAGGAAAAUGUUCAAACAUCUCAAGUCCUGGAAGAUCGUGCUAAUAAAAAAUCCUCCGCGCCUGCUGCCGAGGAUGGAAAAAGCCCUUCUAAACGCAAGACCUGUCAGUGUUGUUCUGUCAUGUAAAAAGUGACCUAAUUUGAUCAAACUUGUAAUUUCCAAAAUGAAACUGCAUCAUUGAGGCCCACUUAACUCAAUUGACACACAUUAGACUUUUUUUUCUGACCAUCUGUUCCUUCCUUUUGAUUUUUAUUAACUAUACACAAACAUACGCACCCACACACAUCAUUAUGACAGCAUAAUGCUGUCAUUUGACAGUAACUGUGUAAUGGCAGUUUCACUGAGCUCUUUAAAAAAGCACUUUCUCCCCCUAGAGGUGAAAAGCAAGCAAUCCAAUAUGCAUGCAAAUGCAACUCGUCAGUCAACAACUCUAAAACGUCUUUGUUUACGUCAAGACCUUUUCUUUAUACAUGAGGGGGAAAAUAUUACAUUCUGUUGGAAGGGAUAAAAUGGUAGCAAAUCAACUUGUUAACUCUUUCACUGCCAGAUAUACAGUGAGGAGCAGAAGUAUUUGCACCUGUUGUGAUUUUGCAAGUUCACCCACUUAGAAAAUAGGUAGAGGAAAUUUCAAUCAUAGAUGCAUUUCCAUUUAUAGAGGCAUCAUCUAUUUUUUAAAAAAUAAUUAAAAAAUGAUUUUUCAAAUAAUUUUAUUUGUAUUGUACUGGGGUUAAUAAGUAUUUGUACCCCUGAGAAAAUUAGUGCUAAAAUUUAGUGCAGAAGCCUUUGUUUGCAGUUACAGACGUCAGAUACACAUAUGGCGACAGGGAUUUUAGGCCAUUCCUCCACACAAAUCUUCUCUAGUUCUGUCAUGUUUCGGGGCUGUCGUCAGGGGCGUUACUGGGGGGGGUGCAGUGCCCACUCACGAACACGCUCUGCCCACCCAAAGAAAACUGGAUGUAGUACUAACGGCAGUCUGGGCACCGCGUAUAGUAUCCCAUUCAUA